AUGUUUCAACUAGCAGUCUUAUUCUUGAGUAUAACUAUAUUAAUUUAUCAAUUAUUUAAGGAAUACAAGAAAUAUGUUCAAAAAUCACUAAAUCCAAUCUUACAAAAAACAACUUCAAUUGACCCAAAUUUUAAAUGGUACAAUAAUGAACCAUUGAAAAUAAGACCUUUUGUGGGCAAGACUAAUUUUAAUCCUAAAAUGGGGAUAAAAAACAUUUCAUCAACUCCAAAUGAUUGGUUAUUAAUUGAAGAUACUUAUUUAAAAUGUACGAAUUUAAAACAAGAAUCAUUGACUAAAAUUCCAGAACAAACUAUGUAUAUUUCUAAUGAUUUAAGAUCAAUUAACGCAUUGAAAGAGUUUUACUCUUUGGUUUUUAAAUUUUACAUGAAAAGGUAUCCUCAAUAUUUCCAAUAUAACAAUUCAACUGAUGAAAUAACAAACAAAAUCAACGGGUUCAAAUCAAAGUUGAGUACUCCAAAAAUAUCAACAGAUCAAAUGUUAUUGAACUUAGGCUCAAACAUGGAAGAAGAUUUUAUUCUAUUAUUAAAGGAUCACAACCCCAAAGAUCCAAAUGAAGAAUAUAUAUUAAAAGGAAGUAUAGUUGGAUUUCCAGCAGGUUUUGACGCAACGGAUUUAUUUAAUAAACCAAUCUCUUACAUCCACGAGCCAGUUCCACAAUAUGAAAAAAAUUUAAAAUCAUCAAUGCAUAAAUUUUUUAAUAAUUUAAAAAUAGGAGAUUUAUGGAUCCGUUAUAAUUGGUCAGUACAAACUCAUUCAAAUUAUUUCACAUUAAAUAAUCACGGUAGAUCAGGUGAUAAAUUGAAAAAACUUUCGAUAUCAGAUAUUGAUUUUGAUAAUGGAUGUUUUUUAAGAUGUGAAAGACAAAUAUUAUUUAGAUUACCUUUAAGUGGUGCUAUAAUAAUGACAACUAGAACUUAUUUAACUAAUUUGAAUCAGAUUAAAAAAGAAGGUUUAGCUAGUGAUAUGAUUUUUGGAAUACGAUCAGUGCCUGAUGAUUUAGGGUUUUAUAAAAAAAGAGAAGUUUGGGGUGAUGCUGUUAUAGAAUUUUUAUCCAAAGACAAAGAAAAGAACGUAGAAAAAAUCUAA